AUGGCAAAUUAUAGAAAAGCUUAUCAUGCCGGUUCUUGGUAUUCCAAAAAUGAUGAUGUGUUGAGAAAUAAAAUAGAUUUAAUUUUUAAAAAAAUAAGUUUCCAAAAACAAAAUGUUAAAGCUGCCAUAUGCCCUCACGCAGGAUAUGAUUAUGCUCUUGAAACAAAUUCCCAUGUUUAUGCUUGUAUUAACGUAGAAAAUAUAAAGAGCAUUUUUAUUCUUGGCCCUAAUCAUCAUAUUUACAACAAGGGAUGUUUGCUUCCACAAGUAGAAAAAUACGAAACACCUUUUGGCUUUUUAGAAAUAAAUAAAGACAUUAUAUCGGACAUUAUGAACAAUGACACAAAUGAUUUAUAUGAUUAUAUCGAGGAUAUGGAUGAUGAAGAAGAACAUUCAAUAGAAAUGCAACUACCUUUAAUAAAAUAUAUAAUUAAAGACAAGGACAUUAAAAUAAUACCUAUAUACGUUGGAUGCAUAGGAAACGACCUUAAAAAAAUAGACUUAUUUUGCAAUCCAUUAAAAAAAUAUUUCCAAAAUGAAGGUAACCUGUUUCUGUUUUCGUCUGACUUCUGUCACUAUGGACGAAGAUUUAGCUUUACCAAUAUACUCCAAAAAUACGACGAUAGGUACCUUUUCAAACAAAUUGAGAAUAUGGACAAGGAUGCUGCUAGUAUUAUUAGUAGACAUGACAUAGUAGAUUUUAUAGAUUAUUUAAACAAAACUCGCAAUACGAUAUGCGGAUCGAACCCCAUAAAAAUUAUGCUAUUCCUGCUUCAAAAUUAUUCAGGAAAUGUAUCAACAAAAUUGAUGCAUUACUCUCAGUCUAGUCAGGCUAAAAACGCGAGCGACUCGUCCGUGUCUUAUGCAGGAAUUGUAUCUUCCAUUAAUUAA